AUGGGAGCUGCGAAACUUUCAGGGAUGCAAAAGCAAGUGCUGAGUCUCUACAGAGGAUUCUUAAGAGCAGCUCGUUCAAAGACAACACAAGAAGACAGGAAGAGGAUAGAGACGAUCGUGUCGAACGAGUUCCGUCAGAAAUCCAAGGAGGUCGACCGCAAGAAUUUCCAGUACAUUGAGUAUCUGCUCCGGUUAGGUACUAAACAACUCGACCAACUCAAAAGCCCUGAUAUGGUCAGCAUCUCCUCCAUCAAGGUCGCUACAUCUAAAACCUGA